AUUUAUUUCGGCUAUUAUCAAUAUUUACCGACUAAACAUCAGUCGGCAAGUGCAGUUGGGUUAAGAUUAGUGAGGUUAGGAACGAAAAGUGAGGUUAACAUGAAGAUGUUUCACGAAAAUGAAACGUUGCGCGAGGAUGAUGAGGACGAACAACCGAAGGAGAUUUGUAGGAACUGCUUUAUGGAGAGGAAUUGUAACCAGAUCUUCGUUAAAGGACCUGCUCUUACAAAAGAAAUAUUGGAGAAGGUCAAUGCUGAGAUAGUGCCGAAGAGAACUUAUAUUUUUGGAUAUGAGAUGAAGACUAAGAGAGUAUUACUUACUGCUGGUCUGUCCCUUCUAUUCUCAAUGAGUUUUCUUGGAACAAUAAUGAUGUGGUUUACCGAAUCUUUUGACAACUUUUUGGUAUCGCAAAUGGCUCUUUCAAAUAAUACCGAUACGUUUAACAUGUGGAAAAAACCAUCAGUACAUGUGAUAUAUAACGUGUAUAUAUUUAACUACACGAAUGUAGAAGAUUUUAGAGAAGGAUAUGCAGAGAAGUUGCACCUGGAAGAAGUUGGACCUUAUGCAUAUGAAGAACAUCUCGAAAGGGUUGAUUUGGAAUUUCCAACUGAUAACUCUAUCUCCUAUAAAGAAAAAAGGAAUUACGUAUUUAAGCCUGAGCUAACCAAAGGCCGUCAGAACGAUCAGCUUAUUGUACCAAAUAUGGCAGUACUUAGUGGAGCUGCCUUUACUAAGCCAAACAACUACUUUCAGCGGUUGGCAUUUUCUGGUUUGCUAUCGACAAUGAACGAAGAACCAUUUUUGACGAAAGCUGCAGAUUCCUUUAUAACUGGAUAUAAAGAUCGUUUAUACGAUAUAGCUAAAACUUUUAUGCCUGAUAAUAUUCCGCAACAAAUGGGUGUGUUGGCUCCCAAACUCGGUCAAACUCCAUACAGAAUUACUAUCAAUAAUGGAAAAGAUGAUAUUGAUCAUUUGGGGAUAGUAGAAAAAUUUAAUGGAGAAACUGAGUUAAACUAUUUUGCUGGAGGACAGUGUAACAGUAUCGAAUCAACAGACGGCGCAAUACACCCACCAAGAAAAGUCCAGAAAAAAGAACCUCUUCAUUAUCUCUUCCCUGAAGGAUGCCGACGAUUUCCUCUAAUCUUUAACACAGAAACCACCGUGAUAGACGGUAAAGUCCCAGUUUAUCAAUACAUACACCCAGAAGACUUGUUCGACUCCGCUGAUGAGAAACCCGAAAACGGCUGUUUUUGCAGUAUGGAUAGCGCUCAAUGUCCUCUGAAAGGUGUUUACAACGCAACUGCAUGCAACUAUGGUUCACCAGUGUUCGUGUCUCAUCCUCAUUUUCACAGAGGCGAUCCCAGUCUAACAAAAUAUUUUACUGGUCUACACCCUGAAAGAGAUUUUAAAUCAUAUUUCAACCUCCACCCUACGCUUGGGUUCGCUAUUUCUGCAAGAAACAUGAUGCAGGUUAACGUCCAGGUCCAAAAAGCUGGAGGGAUCUCUCAGGUAGACAUGUUUGAAGAUGGCAUGUUGUUACCCAUCGCUUAUUUGGAAGCGGUACUAGAUGACAAAAGAAUCCCACAAGAUGUACUAGAUGUAAUAUAUCUAGUAUCAUUUACCGUACCAUCCAUUAAAUUAGCUCUACAAUAUGGCUCCCUACUUACAGCCAUCAUCACCAUGAUUUCGCUCAUCCUCGUAUUAAGAAGAAAGAGCUCGCCAAAGAUUCUUCCUACCAGACUUCUUAGAAGCAAUCAAAAUUACUAUGAAGCGAGCUAAACAUUUUUAUUUCUUACGCCAAAUUUUUGUUCAAUAUUUGAACAUUUGAGAAAGACUGAGAACCUUCUGGGGAACUACUUAAAAAUAUUUAUUUAUUUUUUUUAAGAAAACAUGAGAUGAGGUUGAGAAUGUUUCGAUGAAUGGGAUCAUGAUAACGUUAAGUUGGAUUUUAGCUGAUAAAUUAAUUUUUAUUGUAUUCAUUUAUUUAACACUUAUUGUAUAAAUUAUGUUGAAUUUAUAUAUUGCAGCCUUUCUAGUAUCCUUUUGAACCAACUAUCUAGAUUUGCUUCACCAUCUGUAUCUCUAUUUAUUAUUAAAUUAUACUUUUAGCAAGACAAGCGAUUUUCCAUGAACUCUCUUAAAACUGCCAAUACAGUUUACAAAUUUUAAGAAAUUCUCUCUUAUUUCUACUAAAGUGAUAACACAACGAUUUAUAAAAAUUAUUUAAAAAAUGUCAAUCUGACCCCUUUGCUGUUAUGAUUUUGUUAUCUAGAUUAUAAGUCUGUAUUUUAAAGGCUCAAUUAGAUAUUAAAAAAAUACUCAUUGUAUAUUUGGAAGUUAUUUGUUAAUUUUUUAUUAUAAAAAAUGUAUGUAAAAUAAAAUAUUAUUUUGUUAA